GCAAGCUUAUAGUGAUUCAUAUUUCCUUUUCGUGUGUUAAAUAAAUUAUAUUAAAAAAUGUCUGGACGUGGUAAAGGUGGUAAAGUGAAAGGCAAGGCAAAGUCGCGUUCAAAUCGUGCUGGGCUUCAAUUUCCUGUCGGCCGUAUACACCGUUUGUUGCGCAAAGGCAAUUAUGCUGAACGUGUUGGUGCUGGUGCUCCCGUAUAUUUAGCUGCUGUUAUGGAAUAUUUGGCAGCUGAAGUUCUUGAAUUGGCUGGUAAUGCUGCCCGUGAUAACAAAAAGACAAGAAUUAUUCCACGUCAUUUACAAUUGGCCAUCCGUAAUGAUGAAGAAUUGAAUAAACUAUUAUCUGGAGUCACUAUUGCUCAAGGUGGUGUUUUGCCAAAUAUUCAAGCUGUACUUUUACCAAAGAAGACUGAGAAAAAAGCAUAAAUUUCUGGUCUCGAAAAGUCUUACUAUUAACAUAUUA